AUGAAAUCCCAUAAACGUCUGUUAACCGAAGAAUAUGCUAUAAAAUUUCCGCCGGGGCCGGCCAAGAAAUAUCCAAGCGGUGCAAGUAUCUCGAAACCAAAUAGACAGAAAAUGCAAGAAGAAGCUGACUAUAAACUAGCUAUGAAGAUUCAGAGAGACAAUACGGAAGAAAGCCCAGCCCCAGAAGUUGAAGUAAUCGAAGUGAAAGGUUCGCCAUCUAUAAAGCCAGAUUUUUCCGAAGAAGAUGAGGCAGUUGCGGUCUCUAGCGAGCGUCAAAAUGUUCCUACAUCACAUUCUGAUGAAAACUCUGAUGAAAACUUAGACGAUAUCCAAUUUCAAGCCGACGCUGCUGCUGCGUUGUUGCAUUUGAGUUGA